AUGUCUGACUCAAAGCACGGCCAACGGUUGCCCAGUACCGUCCCGAAAAAGGCUAGACAACCUAGUUUUGCAAGUGCAAGCAAGGCAGCCUCGUCUUCGACCAGCCAGUUUGUACCUGGUACGAAGAGCUGUUCAAAUGCGGCUGUACCUGAGGAGCCAUGGAAUGAUGGUUCUUUUGGAAUGUACAACGAAGGAAAUGUCGUCAUCAACAACACUGAGCGGCGGGAUGACACAGGCAAAUUGACUCAUACCAGAUACUGGGUAUGCUGCAAACAGAGAUUGGACAAUGGGCAAGUGCAGUAUCGAUUGAAAGAUAGACCACCACAAGAAGACGAUGACCAGUUGGAAGAAGACGAGCUCUAUGUGGGUGGAGAAGGUAAUUGGAUUGACGAAGAAUGUCUUGACUGGGUUAAGGAUUAG